AUGGCACUGUGCCUAAAGCAAGUGUUCGCUAAAGACAAGACAUUCCGUCCACGGAAGCGCUUUGAGCCAGGCACACAGCGCUUUGAGUUGUACAAGAAGGCGCAGGCAUCGCUCAAGUCGGGCCUGGACCUACGUAGUGUGGUGAGGCUGCCGCCUGGCGAGAAUAUAGACGACUGGAUCGCAGUGCACGUCGUGGACUUCUUCAACCGCAUUAACCUCAUCUACGGCACCAUGUCUGAGCGUUGUAGCGAGACCAGUUGCCCCGUCAUGGCAGGCGGGCCCCGCUAUGAGUACCGCUGGCAGGACGAGCGCCAGUACCGGCGGCCAGCCAAGCUCUCAGCACCUCGUUAUAUGGCGCUGCUCAUGGAUUGGAUCGAAGGCCUAAUCAACGAUGAGGAUGUCUUUCCCACGCGCGUUGGAGUUCCCUUCCCUAAGAAUUUCCAGCAGGUCUGCACCAAGAUCCUGACUCGCCUCUUCCGCGUUUUUGUCCACGUGUACAUCCACCACUUCGACAGCAUCCUGAACAUGGGGGCCGAGGCACAUGUCAACACCUGCUACAAGCACUUCUACUACUUCAUUCAAGAGUUCAGCCUGGUGGACCAGCGGGAACUGGAGCCAUUGAGGGAGAUGACAGAGCGGAUCUGCCACUGA